GUCCUGUACUUGUUGAAGGAACUGCGUCCAUAGUUGCAGGUUUGCAGCAGGUGGAAGUUACAGGCGGCUGCUAGGAGGAUCCCCAUCCCGAGCCUCUAAGAUGUCAGGCACCGCAAGACAUGACCAAGAGAUGGUCAUGCGGGCAAAGAAGAACCUGGCAACCUGCACAGAUCCCCUAGAGAAGCUCCGUCUCCAGUGUCUCUCGAGGGGCUCAGCCGGCAUCAAAGGCUUAGCCAGAGUAUUUAAAAUCAUGGAUGACGAUAACAACAGGAGCCUUGAUUUCAAGGAAUUUUUAAAAGGACUGGGCGACUACGGUGUGUAUGUAGAGAAAAACGAAGCUCAGGAAAUUUUCUCCGUGUUCGACAAAGAUGGCAGUGGGACAGUAGACUUUGAUGAAUUCCUGGUUACGUUACGACCGGCUAUGUCCAAUGCAAGAAAAGAUGUAAUCAUGCAGGCAUUCAGGAAGUUGGAUAAAAGCGGAGAUGGUGUCGUGACCAUUGAGGAUUUAAAGGGAGUAUAUAAUGCAACACACCAUCCAAAAUAUAAAAAUGGGGAAUGGACAGAAGAGCAAGUUUUCAGGAGUUUUCUAGAUAACUUUGACUCCCCCUAUGAUAAAGACGGACAGGUAACAAAAGAGGAAUUUCUAAACUAUUAUUCUGGAGUCAGUGCUUCUAUUGACAGCGAUGUAUAUUUUGUGCUGAUGAUGAGAAAUGCCUGGAAAUUGUGACAUACAGAUUUUAUUUUUGUAAGAUGGUGUUUUAUGAGUUUUGUCGGGUUGCAUAAGACAUUAGAGAAGAAGAUCUGUGGAGUACAGAGGAGAAAUCCUCCCACAAUCCUGUACUUAUGUUGUAUGAUGUUUUUUGCAUAUGGAAUUCAGGGAAUAAAGCUGCAAACAACUUUACAGGCCAGGUCUGGACACAGAGCUCCUUAUAGCUGAAGAAUUUUGGACCUGCUCUGUUUGACUUUAUAUGUGCCUUGUUGAAACUAAAUCUGCUUUAAUAAUAUUUUGCUUGAUAGUAAAGAGUAAUUAUUCCAUGUA